AUGGUCGUCAUUAUUAUCGGACUCAACCAAAAUCAAGAUACCGUAAGUUCAUAAAUACACAAAACAAGAAACAGAUUCAAUACAUUUGCUUAUUCAAGACUAACAGAUGCAACACACUGUCUUGUUCAAGACUAGGACACUGAGAAAAAACACCAAGAAAUUACCACUAACACCGACUCUAAUUCCAACGCCACCUAAUCUAAACUUGACGAACAAAAAUCCUCAGACAACUAAACUGCCACAUAAAUUCACGAGAAAGUCAACCAUGCAAAAUUACUAUGCCUUCAGAAACAAAUUUCAAAACGUGUUGCAGGCCAAACUCUCCUCUGACAAACUAAACAUAAUCAGCAAAGUUAGCGACUUCAACGAAUUGAAAAUCAUAUGUCAAAAAGAAAACAUCGAGUAUCAUACAUACGAUCAAUUCAAACAACAAAUCAAAGAAAGAAAUAGAUACAGAAGAAAUUACCAAAGAAUUGGUAAUCCCUCUACAAGCUCUACAGAUACAUGCUGUCCUAUCACUUACGAAAAAGAAUAA